GAAAAAAAAAGAAAAGGAGAAAAGCAAGGACCCCCCUCCUCCCUGCUCUGCCCGGUCCCUUCCACACACACCGCACGCUCGCACACACACACCCCAUUGAUCAAUAUUUGGCUGUCUUGCUGCAACUUGCUGCAGUCUUUUAAAGGAGUAGUAGAGAGAGAGAGGGGGAGAGAGAAAAGGAAACUGACAGGAAGGGGUAAGGAGCUACACAUGUCACAUGUGCUUUCUAAGACGGCCAGAAGCAUCUGCAGGCUGGAUCUGGUGGAGGAUGCUGCGGCAGGUGAUACACAGAGGGCUCCAGUCAUUUUUCUACAAGCUGGGCUUAUUCGUGAGCAGGCAUCCGGUGUUUUUCCUCACUGUGCCCGCAGUCCUGACCAUCAUCUUCGGCUUCAGCCUGCUCAACCGCUUCCAGCCUGACACUGACCUGGAGAGCCUGGUAGCCCCCAGCCACAGCCUGGCCAAGAUCGAGAGGAGCUUAGCCAGCAGCCUGUUCUCCCUCGAUCAAUCCAAAAGCCAGCUGUAUUCGGACUUGCACACCCCGGGGAGGUAUGGCAGGGUGAUUCUCCUCUCCAAACCCGGAGGCAAUAUUUUGCAUCAGGCUGAUGUGAUCCUGCAGAUCCACCGAGCCGUGCUGGAAAUGAAGGUGAACUACAAAGGCUAUAAUUAUACUUUUUCCCAUCUGUGUGUGUUGAGAAAUCAGGAUAAGAAAUGCGUGCUGGAUGAUAUUAUUUCAGUGCUAGAGGAUCUGAGGCAGGCUGCCCUCUCCAAUAAGACAACAGCCAGGGUGCAAGUGAGCUAUCCCAACACUAAAUUAAAGGAUGGAAGGAGCAGUUUUAUUGGCCACCAGCUUGGAGGGGUCAUGGAAGUGCCCAACAGCAAGGACCAGAGAGUCAAAUCAGCCAGAGCCAUCCAAAUCACUUACUACCUCCAAACGUAUGGCUCUGUCACCCAGGACCUCAUUGGGGAGAAGUGGGAGAGUGAAUUCUGUAAACUGAUGCACAAGAUGCAGCUGGAUCACCAAGAUCUGCAGCUCUACUCGCUGGCGUCCUUCAGCCUCUGGAAGGACUUCCACCAGACCAGUCUCUUGGCCAGGGGCAAGAUUUUGGUGAGCCUGAUGCUGAUCCUCCUGACUGCUACCCUCUCGAGCUCCAUGAAGGACUGCCUGCGUAGCAAACCUUUCCUGGGACUCUUGGGAGUACUCACUAUCUGUAUUUCCAGUGUCACUGCGGCAGGGAUAUUUUUCAUUACUGAUGGAAAAUAUAAUUCUACUCUGUUGGGAAUCCCUUUCUUCGCUAUGGGUCAUGGAACCAAAGGAGUAUUUGAACUUCUUUCAGGAUGGCGUCGAACAAGAGAGAAUCUUCCAUUCAAAGACAGAGUAGCAGAUGCCUACUCAGAUGUCAUGGUGUCCUAUACAAUGACAAGCUCCUUGUAUUUCAUAGCCUUUGGCAUGGGCGCAAGCCCUUUCACUAACAUUGAAGCUGUAAAAGUCUUUUGCCAGAACAUGUGUGUCUCCAUCCUGUUGAACUACUUCUAUAUCUUCUCAUUCUUUGGCUCCUGCCUGGUCUUUGCUGGCCAGUUGGAGCAGAACCGUUAUCACAGCAUCUUCUGCUGUAAAAUCCCUUCAGCAGAGUACCUGGACCGAAAGCCUGUGUGGUUUCAGACCAUGAUGAAUGAUGGCCAUCAACAUUCUUCUCAUCAUGAGACCAACCCGUACCAGCAUCACUUUAUCCAGCAUUUCCUCCGGGAGCAUUAUAAUGAGUGGAUUACCAACAUCUACGUCAAGCCUUUUGUGGUGAUACUGUAUCUCAUCUAUGCCUCUUUCUCCUUUAUGGGGUGCUUACAGAUUAAUGAUGGAGCCAACAUUAUUAACCUUCUUGCCAGUGAGUCUCCAAGCGUCUCCUACGCCCUCAUUCAGCAAAAGUACUUCAGCAACUACAGCCCGGUGAUAGGAUUCUAUAUUUAUGAACCUCUGGAGUACUGGAAUGGCACUGUGCAAGAAGAUCUAAAAACACUGAGCCAAGGGUUCAACACAGUGUCCUGGAUCGAGCAGUAUUACCAGUUCCUUCGAGUGGGUAACAUCAGUGCAACUAACAAAAGUGACUUUAUCAGUAUCCUCCAGAGCUCCUUUUUAAAAAAGCCAGAAUUCCAGCACUUCAAAAAUGACAUCAUAUUCUCUAAAGCUGGAGAUGAGAACAACAUAAUAGCUUCUCGCUUGUACCUGGUGGCCAGGACUAGUGAAAACACACAGAGGGAGGCAGUGGAAUUACUGGAGAAACUGAGACCACUCUCUCUUAUACAGAGCAUCAAGUUCAUAGUGUUCAAUCCCACCUUUGUUUUCAUGGACCACUAUGGUUUAUCAGUAACUAUGCCUGUCCUGAUUUCUGGUUUUGGCAUCCUGCUGGUGUUAAUACUGACCUUUUUCCUGGUUAUCCAUCCUCUGGGAAACUUCUGGUUAAUUCUCAGCGUCACCUCAAUAGAGCUGGGCGUCCUUGGCUUGAUGACCUUGUGGAAUGUAGACAUGGAUUGCAUUUCUAUACUGUGCCUUAUCUACACCUUGAAUUUUGCCAUAGAUCACUGUGCACCCCUGCUUUAUACAUUUGUACUAGCUACCGAGCACACCCGAACUCAAUGUAUAAAGAACUCCCUCCAAGAGCAUGGGACAGCCAUUUUGCAGAACGUUUCUUCCUUUCUUAUUGGGUUGGUCCCCCUUCUCUUUGUGCCUUCAAACUUGACCUUCACACUGUUCAAAUGCUUGCUGCUUGCCGGCAGUUGCACACUUCUGCACUGUUUUGUUAUUUUGCCCGUCUUUCUAACCUUUUUCCCACCUUCCAAAAAGCACCACAAAAAAAAGAAACGAGCCAAAAGGAAGGAACGAGAAGAGAUUGAAUGCAUAGAGAUUCAGGAGAAUCCUGAUCACGUGACAGCAGUCUGAAAGGCUCAGAACAAGAAAAAAAAAGAUAAUAUUUUCUCUUUUUAAAAAAGCGUUGCACAGAGAUGCAGGGAAAAUAGAGCAAAGAUCUCAGCUGCUUGUGCUGGCCAGGUCUGACAAGGCAAAGAAGAUCAAGAAGGGGUAUUCAUGACACAUCAAGGUGCAAACUUUUUUUAACAAAGAAUAAUGAAAGCGAAAACAGCCACAGAUAUUUACUUUGAAUUCUCAUUCUCCACCAGGGAAGAGUUUAUUGGCCAUUAAAUGUUCCUGAAUAUCAAACUGUAGCUCUAAUGGGAAUUACUUGGUCUGUCAUAUUUAAGGCUGAAGCAAAGGUGGGAAAAAAAAUUACCUUUAAGUAAACAGUAGGGGAAAAAGAGAAUGCUUUGAUAAAAUUGGCCAGAGCAAAACAGAACGUAACAAAACAAAGCAAAACAAAGUGAGAAAUGGGAACAAAUCCUAAAAAUGCUGUGGUAUUUUUCCUUGUUUUCUUGAGCAAGUUGUUUAAGAUAAAACCUAUGCACUUGGGAAGUAGGUGUUUGAAUCAGCCUAAGCCAAAGUACUUCCCAAUUUCAGUAUGCCGUGUGUAUCUAUAGCACCACAGCUACAGUUAAUGUGAAUUUAGAUGGCAAAGCUGUACUGCCAAGGGAGAAAAAUCCUGUUCAUAUAGGGGAAGAAAUUGCAAUAGGUCAUUUGGAAAUGUAACGUAUAGUCUCUUUAAAAGUGACAGAUGACAUUUAUCCCACGAGGCCACAGCUGGUAGUUAUCUCCAUACCUACACUCUGGCAUUUCUGAAUUGCAAAAUUCCCCUUGAAUUAACAGAUGCCACGAAACCAACCCAGGCCAUUACCACUGCAGCAAUGCUUGCGGUUCCUGCAGUGUAACACUUCUGAAUCCUCAUUUAUCAGUGUCGACAUGAAAUACUGAAUAUUAAUCAAGCUGGUGCUUUAAAUGUAAUGAUGGAUUGCAUAUCACAGACAUAAUGUGAUUGUGUUACAGCUGAGUCAGCUCUGGAGCACCCGCACAGUACUAUUAUUAUGUAAUUGGUCCAACAGACAAAGGGAUAUGUUUGCUGAUCCCUGCUAUGUGCUGCAGGAAGUGGGAUUUUCCCCUUCUUUGAGCAAAAUGUCAGUCAAACAUUUGCUACGUUAAAUCAACAAAUAACAACGGUUACAAAAAAACCUUUUAGGGUUUGCAUGGGACUGAAGGAACUCCCAGUUGCAAAAAGACAGAUCAGUCCCACAAGGGAAGGGGAGGGAAGGGAGGAAUGUCUAUACUAUUAUUCCUAAAUAUUUGAGUGCUGAUUGUCUGCAAUACAAAGCUUUGUUCUGGCAGUAGAAAUCUCACAAAAGAAUGUGGUAAAUCCUCAGUUACUACAUGAUGAUGGAAACUGUACUGUAAAGAAUGAUGAAUGAUGAAUGACUUUCUCUGCUUUGUAAGCUACACAGUUUAGUAACCCAAGAGAAGGGAUGAAAACUAAUCUAGCCAUUUCAGUUUGCUCUCGGCCCAGUCCUCCACUGGAGCUUGCCAUGUCCAUCUUCCCUUCCAGUAUUUUAAAAGGGCUUGCUUUCUACUCUCUGGAAUAUGGUACAGCAUCACCUACAUGAGCAGCGUCUUCCUAAAUAUAUAGUAUCCGUGAGGACACUAUGUAAAGAUAUCACUAUAUAGAGUGUUUAUGACUACUUUGUAUUACCUGUGGGUACAUUUAAAGAUGUCUGGAAGCUAUUCGCCUUCCACAAUGUGUACACGUGUUUGUUUGUGGAUGGUUCACUGAGUUGCAGAGUCUGCUGAUGAGGGUUUGUACAUACCGUUCACUAAAAAUCUCUGCAAGUUGAUUCUUUGUUCUGUGGCAUCUCCCACCUCUUUCUACUGUUUUGUGGUUGGGGAGAUCCAGAGGAAAUUCACCUGCAGCACAAAAAGCCAUUGCAGAUGUAAUGCUCAUCAGCUGCUUCUAAGAUAUGCAGUUUUUCCUCUUCUUUGUCUUUUCUGUAUUUUGCCAUUACCAUUUGCCAAAAAAAAAUGACCUCUGUGUUAUAAGAGUGGUCAAAGUUCUUGAUUGUUCAAGGGACUUUUUGUGUGCAUCAAGUUUUAGAGAAAGAUAUGUUUUCUAGACUGGUAAAACUUCCUAAGUUUGAAUCCAGAUCUAAACUUCAGGUGUAACUAGGUCAACGUUAUUGCUUUGACACAAGACAUUGAAAGAGUCAGCUGCAAAACUAAGAUCUAGAUAGUUCAGUAGAUUUAGGAGCAGGGGAUGUUUUAAUGUUGAGAUAUGGCUCACAUGUGUCCCUUGUUGGGAAGUAUUUACUGACUUUGAUCUGCAUCUCAAAGACAUUGUGCAAUAUCCGUCCUUUCUGGGUUCUGAAUAUCAAGUUUUCUGUAGCUCUUCUAAGGUUUCCUCCACUAUCCAUCCAAAACCUGACAAUUGUAGCACAACUGUGAGCCCUGGGUAUCACUUCUGGAGAUGUUCUUUUUCUCACCUGCCCCAUACAUAACAAUGGCCUUUUCUGGUACCAUACAGAUGUAUCCCAAGGAUCUCUGUCAUGUAUUGUAUUGAAGGAAGUAGCAUUUUCCAAAGCCAUCAAAGCAGGGAUUCAUCUCAUCUAACUUUGGAUGCUGACAAUGAAGAUGAUAUUAUUAUCUGAGCUUCUUUUGUGGUCAUAAUAGAGUGACAGGCAGCUCUGACCCAUUUUACAGCUGUGCAUGAAUCACACCUCUAAAAUGCCUGUUUCUACCCAUUGGUGAUAAAGGAAGCUCAGGGUGUUUAGUUCAGGCACAUCAGCAAUGCCAGCUCAUCCAAGUUUGGUGAGAUUAACCCCACUUAAAGUGUUCAAAUACCAAGUGAAAGAGAACAGAAAAAGGCCUUACAGUCUUGCCUCCCAAGCGUCUAUUUUAAGGAUAAUUCCCUGGUGUAACUCAGCUCAAAGCGUGUGACUGGAUAUGAGGCCUUUAUGCAGAACAGAGCUUAUAAAUUUGUUGCUGGAAUUCCCCUGGUAGGGACUGGUGAGCCAAGGAAUCAGCUGUCAGUGCUGAUGGCAUGCUCAAAUGUGGUGGUCUCAAUAUCAAGCUUGUGCAGUAGCGCUUGUAUACAACAGACACAAAAUAUGCAGAAUACACUCUUUAGAAAGGAGAUUUUGAUUCUGAAGGUAAUGCAGGAGUGCAGUGCAAAACAAACCACACCUUUCACUGAUGCCAUUUUGUUACUUUAUUUAUCAGUCCUUUUGCAGGAAAGAACAUUGCCACUGCUACUUCUGCAGAUAUAUCAGUCCCUAUGGACCCAGAAAAACUUCUCAAGAGAAAAAAAAGAGAUCAUUUUCUUCUGUAAUUCAGUCAUAUGGGAACAGUUUUGGGGCAGAGAGACCAUACUUAUUAAUGUCUUCCCAUUCUUUUUAUUCUUCUUUCAAUGUUUUUGAAUAAUUUCUAUCCUCAUCUGCACCCACAUAGCACCUGUUUACUGAACUGGAGCUGCAUAAGCAACUGUGAAGACAGGACACGGUGCACAUACCCAAACAGGCUGACACUCUGAUCCAAGCUAGGUAUUGAAUCUUCAUUAUAAACUUCUUACCAGUUACAGUAGGUCCCCUGGGAUAUUGCACAUAUUCCAUUAAUGUCUGUUUCUAGACACAGUCUAAAUAAGCUGGUAAGGACCCUGUGUGUGUUUUCCUACUUGGUUUGAUUUCAUUCCCUUGAUACUGUCUAAAUUCAUUGUUGAGACAACUCUGCUGAAGUCAACAGAUUUAUUGCCACUAUAUCACGAUAUAUUUGGCUUUGCAUGCUUUAUAGCCAGUGAGAAAUGAAACCACAACAAAUGGACCUCUUCAUUGUUGAUAUGCUUGUGGAAUAUAUCUGCCUGCACUGUACAGCCACUGUUGCAUGCUGCAUUCAGGAAGCUGAAGUGGAGGUGUCCUGUGUAAUUUUUUCCAUUACACUUUUCCAUGCAAGUAGUUCUAACUGUAACUAAUUUACUCCUCUGUCUUUUUUGUAAGAGUGAGGACUUCACCUCUGUAGUCCAGGGGUGUCCAACUUCAAGGAAGUUUCAUAGAUCUAUUGCCUAACAAAGCAACAUAUUUUUAUGAUCAGGAUAGGAAUAUGUGCAUGGCACCUUGCAUGUAUAAUUUAAAGAGACUGUCUUCUAGACAGUCAUUCUCAGCUUUUUAUUUCAGAAGAUUCCUAAGUGGGAUGGAUGUAACUUGCCAUGCUAAUAUAUUUCUGAGAUAACUUAAGCAACUUUAGGUUCAAAUUUUUCUUCAGUGAGAUGGAAAGAUUGGGGGAAAAGAAAUGUGAAGGAAAAUAAUUGUAUAAUCAGUGUUCCCCUUUUCCCCAGAAGGCUCUUACUUUUCUGCUCUUAAUUAAGUCACACUGAGUACUGACUCUAGCUUAAUUAAGAUUUAUUGCAAUGGAAUUAUUCCAUAUUUCACUAUGACAACAGCUUGGCUUAUUGUCUUUAUGGAAGCACCAUGCUAAGUCUCCUUGAUUAUUAUUUUUUUGCAAUUAUAAACUUUAAUAAGUUCUUUUUCAUUGCAACACUAGGUAUUUGAGUACCUCAAGCUCUCAUUAGAGAAUGUAUUAGGAAACACUAAGAGAAAGCAAAGUUAAGCAACAAGUGAUGCGUUGAUGUUAUGGAGAAGGGGUUCUUAAUAAAGGGGCAGUGUAUCCUCCACAAAGGCUCAAUAUAGGAUGAUGUUCAGGCUGUCUCAGAAGUAUGUUCUAUGAUGGAAAUUUCCAGAUUAAAGAGAAAUGGAAACUAAGUGGGACAACUUGUAUGGAGGAUGAAGUAAUCAAGCAAUAAGCAGGGUUUUGAUUCUGUCAGUACCAUCUUACUCAGGCAAGGAGUCAUUGAAACAGGAAUGGAGACUGAAUAUGGAAAGAAGCUCAUCCAUCACCCAGAAUGCUUCUUUGCAUCAUAGUCUUACAUAAAAGAACAUCACAAACCAAGCGAGUGAAAAUUGCCCACCUCAGUAUGGGUCGCUCCAUAACCUGUUCUCCUCUUGGAGCAAGGAAGGGAUCCCAUCAUGGGUUUCACACACCCGUGGGAAGGAAAUUCAGAGUUUCAGUGGUGUGCUAUGAGAGAUCCCCACUUCUUCUGCCACAGUCCCACACAUCAUCCCAGCUGCCUGACACUGGAGAAGUGCAACUUCUGACCGUACUAGUCAGGUAGAAGUAAGAUUUUGGCAAGAUAUCCCUCAUAAUCCACAAGGCUUUCUUCUUUCUACCUCCUUCACUGCUUACAAAGGAUCCAUUGUGGUACUCAGAUGUUCAUCUGUGGCAGUGUGUAAUGUUGCUCCUUAACCAUGGGUUGAUGUAGGCUGUGUGUUUCCAGGCUAAACACAGGGAUCUGAUCUCCUUGCCCAGACCAGCAGCAAAAUCCUGCUGAAAAAAGGGAAGAUGUCAGUUUUGAACUCCAUCGUUCCUUGCUUUCUGCCUCCCCUCAGCCAUACCAACACACUCACCCUACUCUCAUUUCCCUCGUGCUUCCUCAUUAAAGAAAGUUUCUCCUCCUUGCUCCCUCAGGCUAUCUUCCCUUCGCAGCUCAACUUACUUUAAUCAUCUGUGUACACUCUUAACCUCUUCAAAAUUUUUCUUUUUAAUUUUUAUUUUUUUAAAAACUCUGAGCACUCAACCCUAUUGAAAUAACUGGAGGAUGCUUGGAUGCAUCAAAGGUUUUGGUACAGGGUUGGGUACAGAGCUAGUUAAUUGAUAACGGUACCCAAAUAGCUCAAAACAUUCUUGAAACAGAAUGUUGUCUAUAAGAAAGCUCAGAAAAUGUUUAAGCUUAAUUUUUCAUUUUUCUGCAAUUUUUAUCUCACAAACUUCUACUCUUUGUAUUCUUUUUACUGUAGGCAUUUUUUUUCAGCACUCCUUUAUCUUAAAGGCCUAGCUUUACUUUGGUUCUGUCUCAGAAACAGAACUUAAUGGAUAUUUGUUCAUGCCCUGAAAAAGGAAAUACUGUCCCUGCUAGGAGCAUUUUGUGCCAAGUUUCUGCUCAGAGCACAUUUUCCAGGUUGAAUUAUAGAAGGCUCUGGAAGCAAGUCUUUCUAGUGGAAAUGCUGAUACAGCCCUACUAGAAAAAAUUAAUGGCACUUCAACAGUAUACUGCUUAACUUCAGCCCCAGUGCACCAUCCUGCUGGGUACUGCAGGCAGUGCUUCCAACACAGAUUGAUAACGGUGUCACCAUUACCUGCAACGCCAGCACUUGGGCUGUACCAGCUGCACGGUUCUCCUCGGCACACAUCCGAUUCUGCAGCAUUCAUGUACUAAAAUCCUGAAGGCAUUAGCACAGCUUCUGCUGGAGAAGGAUAAUUCCAGGAGAAGGCAGUGUGGCAGCCCUGCUUCUGGCAGCAGAGAGGUUGGCAUGUUGCCAUUCAGAGAUGUGUGUGCACAGAAUCAUAGAACCAUAGAAUCAUAGAAUUGUAGAAUUAUAGAAUUGUAGAAUCAUAGAAUGGCCUGGGUUGCAAAGGCCCACAGUGCUCAUCCAGUCCCAAUGCCCUGCUAUGUGCAGGGUCGCCAACCAGCAGCCUGAGCUCAGUCCCUUAACUCAGGUGGUGCCAGGCUAUGGCAUGACACAGGAAUUCAACUUCAAGCCCAUCCAGCCUCCAGGAAAGUCUGACCUGGAAAGCUGGCAGUUCCCAGCUAUGCUCUGGGUGCUGUCAUGUCCCACAGCCCGCUACCACCAGACUGUCUGUUUGCAGUUACCUAUUUUACAGAUCAUAGGACAGUCCAGCAGCAUUGACACUGGCGGACACUGACAUGCCAGCCUCCACCGGGGUCCAAGAGGCACCCCCUGCCAAUGCUUGGUGUGAUAGCAAAGCUAGAGCUUUAGAGCAGGAUGCUGCCUAUACAACACUGGAGUUUUAUUUCUGGAGAUCUUAAUCUGGCAGAGCACUCAGAUAAAUGGCUUCGUUUAAUCACAUUCUUAAGUCUCGUGGACUGGGUCAUUUUUGGAGUUGAGCAUGUGUUUAAGUACCGAGCUAAAUAAGGAGGCUCUUAUCUCUGCUUCAAUUUAAAUAUGAGCCGAGUAGAAAAAAGGGGCCUUAAAAGAAAAGGCCUUUCUUCCAUAACUUACUAAAUCCUACAAUUACAGUAGCAAUUUCACAAUAUAUAGGAAGACUAUGCCAAGAACAUCUAUUUUUCAGGGUUUCAGUUUCCCUGAUGUGAGACAACUCAGGGACAUUUUAGUGAUUUGUUACAGUCAUAAAAGACAGGCAAGAACAAAGACUUGCUGAGCACUUUCCUUGGAAAAAAUAGGAAGGUAUUUGACUCGGAAUGAGAAUACGGUAUUUUAUGAUGUUAGAGCUCAUUUCUAAAAGGAAAAAAAAUAAUGAAAGUUUCAUUUAAUGUCAUUCAUUAUUUCUUUCAAGUGAUAUUCUGGAGAAGUGCCGGAUGAGCCUCUAUUACAGAUCAGAGAGGAACUGCUUGAUGAAGCUGAAGCCAGCUUUGCCAGUAAAAAGAAAGCCUGGCUUUGUGCCCAGCGUAGAACUUGUCAUGGCAUCACCUGUUGCUUUUUAAUUCAACUAAAUGUAAGUGGUGACAUGAAUGGAACAGAAGCAGAGACUUUUACAAGUCCUUGGGCUGCAUAGGGCGAGGGAUGGCUCUGUACACCCGGAAGACAGACUAGGUACCCAUUCCUGCAAAAGCAGAUAAUUCUGCCAAGCCAGAAACACUGGGAAUAGCCCCUCCGGCUUCAGUAAAGUCGUCAGGAUCUAUAAGGACAUUCAUGUAAGCCUUUUACAGGCUGAGGACAGAGACAAGGAGAUAUUCUUCUCUUAAAAGUGUAUUUCUCUACAUUGGUCAAGUGGUUCAGUGUAACUACGUUGUUCUUUAAGAAGUAAAAAGCUUUUAAAAACCCGUGCCCUAAAAUAUCAAGCUCAGUAGUGACAUAGGCACCACGAGUGCAUAAGAGUCCAAUGACAAACAGUAACUUUUCAGGACAUGAGUCUUUCCCUGAGAUGUCUGCAGCCAACCUGCUGGGGAAGGGUCCAACCACACCAAAGGGAAAUAGUGGAAUACAUCCGUCCAAGCUCAGACACACUCAGAACAGACAGCAAGUCCUCCCCUCCUGGCUGUUAGGGUCAGAAGUGGGCACUGCAGGCGUCCUUUAUCAGGAGGCCAUGUGGGCAUCCAGCAGCAGCCCUGGGUGGGUGGUGGGUAUCUGUGCAGAACACAUCCGUUAUGGUGCCAGGUUCAUCCCUGCGUUCAUAGGAACUGCAGUGAAGAUGCUGAUAAAGCCUUCUCAGAUGAUGGGUAAGGAUGAGUUUGAGUGUUGUCUGUGCCUGGGGAAGGGCAUCUUUACCAGGUGAUGGGGGCUCUGGGAUGGGAGCUGGGUGGACAGAACAUGGCAAGUCAAUGGUUGUGAGCAGCGAGGUGUCACUGCAGGGCGAGGGAUGCCAAAUGGGCUGAAUUAGGCAAGAGCUGCAGGGGCAGAUGAAGGGCAUUUCUUCCAAAUGUUAUUUAUGUCCAUUUACACUCUAAUUAAAUGUAAUGUUUGUUCUUUCUUUAAGCCCACGGUGAUCUGCUUUUCCAUCUCCAUUUAAGUUAUAGAAUUUGCUUAACCUUUCCUUGUAUGAAUUUAGCAUUAGGUGUUUAAUUACUGAAAUUUCUCAGGUGUGGGCAACUUUACUAUGCUACGAAUAAACACCGUGAGUCAAUAUUGUUUUUUCCUCCCUCAUAAAGCUCCCUGGUUGCUGAAAACUGUUAAUAUUUUUCAAGAUUAUACCAUGAGCAUAUUUGUAUAACAGACUUUUACUGAGCUUGAUACUCUAUACCAAAUACUUAUGUCUUUGAAAGAAUUUAUUGAAUUCUUCAAUAAAAUAUAUUCCUCUUUAAUAUUAGAAUUUUCCCUUUCUUUAAUGGGAAGAUAUUCAGUAUUAAUUCACAUCACAGGACCAGUUUGUCAAGAAACCUCUUUCCUCACAUUUAGUCUUAAAUGCAAAGGGUGAUUUUUGUAAGGUUAGAGCGUGGGCAGAGCCAGCAACUGAAACCUCACAAGGAGCACUGGGCAUCUUAGAGACUGGGAAGUGUGGGUGAUGGGAUUGGCAGCCCUGAGCUGGCAUAUGGGCCCUCACACACCAUGGCAGAUAAGCCAUUUACAGCUGCCCUGAAGCCAUUCUGGAUGUUUCCCAGAACUGAAUAGGUAAUUGCCUCCAUAGGACAUGACCCAGUUCCUCCAAUCCCAGCUGCUCAUGCCAACAUCUCCUUUCUCGACAAGUUCUCUCUGAGCCUUCACUUCUCCCUUCCACUACUCUGGAGUAUUCAGCCUCUUUAGCAUUAAAGGCAGCACUGGGGCACUGCCUUCUCAGUUUUCCUCUGAUCAGCCCUGGGAAGCUGAGGGAACCCGACCCCGUAGUGAACAACAUUGUCCAUCUGCCCCUGCCCCUGUGCUGUCACUUCUCUUGUUUUGAUAAUAACGGAUAGUAAUAGUUGGAGAGGGCACACGACCCAGAACACAGACCGGUCCUUCCUCAUCAGGCUGCUUUCUGCAGGUACGCAGGAUGGCUAGAAUGGCUUGGGUUGGAUGGAAUCUUAAAGAUAGCUAUUCCCACCUCUCCUUCUAUGGGCACUUCUUUCCCAUUCAAUUUCCAUUUCCCCAGGUAACUCUUCCAUCCCAGUGGUCCCAGGAGCCAUCAAAGAGUGGCACUGCUGGAGAACCACCUCUGCUGCUGCUGCGGUGUCACUCACCGUGAUGAAAGAAAAGCAGCAAGUUCCCAUUUCCUGAUAUGAAGUGUUAACUUUUGGGUCUUAUGGUCAUCAAAUGCUGUAGAACCCUGGAUAAUACUGAGUGAAAGAAACACACACUAGUAAUACUACACUGAGGUUCUUCAGUUGAAUUGCAAGUCAUGAAAUACUGUUUGUUGCCAAAAUUCUACAGCAUGUGCUGCAAUUGGCUGGUUGGACUGCAGCAAUUUGCUGUGCUUCUGUCUGGAAAUUCAGGAACUGCACCCUCUGCUCACAGCCUACACAACAGACCCGCCGCAGCAGCAGUAUAUCUGCGUGCGCCUCAGGUCAAGCAUGCUCCUGUUAAUCAAUUGCAGAUGUUCCCCAUUCUUGGAUAUCAAGCAGCUUAUCAGAGAGGUUCCUGAAUGCACAGCCAAGAAUCCCAGCUGAUGUCAGUCCUCCUGCACAGUAUAACAGCAAAUGCAGCUCGCCUGUUCACCUAUUGAUGGCUGUGUCCUCAGGUUUUGCUCUCUGUCUUCUGUGUGCUGUAUCACGGUUUAACCAGCUCAUUUAGUAGCAUUGCUGUAAGUCAUUCUUUCCAUUUUCUGCUUUUAUUUAAGUGUUUUGAUAUAAGCUACACAAUGUUCUCCAUUUCUCCGUUCUUCUUAUUUUAUUGGACAUCUCUGAAGGUGAAACAAAGAGAGAUAAUUUUCCUUUAUGGUUUCAGGGCUAUUCACACCACCUUCCUUGGGACUGUGUGUUCACAACAGCCAGUGGGAUGUAGCAGAGCUGCUGCUGGCCCAGGAGCUGCAGCUUUCCAUGAAACCAGCAGAUCCAGCCUCACCUUGUCUGUCUCCAGGGACAGGGGCAAAACCACAACACUAGGGAACCUGUUCCAGUGCCUCACCACCCUCACCGGAAAAGAUUUUUUCAUUGUAGCCAACCUAAAUCUCCCCUCUUCGAACUUGAAGCCAUUUCCCCUUCUUCUGCCAGACCCUGCUAAGGAGCCUGUCCCCUUCUUCCCUAUGGAUCCCCUUUGUCUUGCAGGGACAGAGUUGCAGAUUGUGCAGACUUACCUCAGUCUGCACAAACCAAACACCUCUGAGAAGCUGGGGAAGUGCCCAAACUCUCUGUCAUCCCUUUUAUCUGUGUUAUUGUUGUUCAAACCAGUUUAAUCCUCUGCUCCCACACACUGCAGCACUUGCACUGCAGUACAGUGCCAGCAGGGCAGGGCGGUGCUCCCGCAGUCUGGAUGCAAAGGGGUUGCUGUGGUCUUCUCUUCAUCAAGCCAUGAGAUGUGCUCACUGCAUAUCUUAGAUGUAUGCUCAGUCCACUUGAAGCAGCUUUUCAGCCUCGAUGAUGCAAUGAUCAGCAGGACAGUGUGAGAUGCUUUGACAAACUGCCACCAUAAGAAAAGUUGUAGCUUCCUGCUCUCAUUAGUCAGGAUAGUCAUUUUACCAGCUACAGAACUGGACGGCUUGAACAGGACUGCAUGAUAUCCAGGUAGAAAUUUGUUGUACCAAUCAUUCUCAAUAAGUGAAAUCAUUUCCAAGGUGUCAUCAGGGUUUGCUAGAUUUGGGUUUGAUUUCCUGCAGCAGGUCAGGAAAUGUUGUGUUCAUAAGAGAUGUGCCAGAAUGCAACUCUGCGGAGUAGGAGCAGGGAUGGAAAAGUACAGGACUUAAUGCCACACUGGGUUUAUUUCUUUUGCACAAUCAGAGCUGCCCUAAUCAUCUCAAUCUGGGCCAGGUUAAUUGGAGACUUUCAGCCAUGAGUCAGACUGGUGCAUUUUCUGCAUCUCUGCUAAUUAAGGGAAUUUUCACCUUUUAUAGUCCUUUUAGUAUUCAGAGGAGUUUGCCGGGGGCUAAUUAUAAUCAUUGAGUGAUGGCUUUAGAAUUUCAUGUCUGUGAUGAUAUUUUGUCACAUUAAAUUGGAGUCCCAUAACACUUUUUAGCUUUGAGUGAUAGACAAGAAGAUCAUCUCUAUGCUGGCUGUUAUUCACUAGGCCAGUUGAGCUGAUAGUAGGUUUCCACCAUGCUUUCUGCAAAUAGAUGCACUCAGAACCACAGCAAUCUUCUACUCUUUGGCUGAGGAGAUCAGAAAUCCAGCUGAUUCCUGGCAGAAUAUUGAGAAUCUCCAGACCAGGAGAUCUUAAUGCCAAGGUUCUCAGAUACCAGUUUAGCUGGUUUGUAAAAGCUGGAAGUAGCCAAAUUGGUGCAUAAAGCAGAAGAAACAUCACUGUCUACUCAUAUAAGCACAGUUUAGAUAGACUUGUACUACAGUGUGCAGAGAAUAUGUUUACUGAAUUCAAAGUCUGUGCAGACUCAUAGUCUGAUGGGGAAUAAGUAUUUCUGCACUGAGCAGAGCUGCAGUGAGGAGAUGGCAAGGUGGACUUGGCAGCA